GAGAAGCAGGCUCCCUGCCGAGCAGGGAGCCCGAUGCGGGGCUGGAUCCCAGGACCCUGGGAUCAUGACCUGAGCCAAAGGCAGAUGCUUAAGGACUGAGCCACCCAGGCACCCCAAAGAAUAUGUCUUUAGACCACACUUUGUGGAAGAGUGGUACUUAAGUGUAAAUACUGAAUUAAAGCAACAUUUAUCGGCACAUUAAAAACAAAUUUAUAAUUAUUUAACAACUCUUAAAAACUCAGGAAGACUACAUUAAAUAUUGUUACUUUGGGUAUCUGAAAAUAUUAGAUAUAAAUUUCCUUAAGGAAAUACCAAGUUAAGAUUUUUCAGCAGUUAAUACUGAUAAUCCCUAAACAUUCUAAAUAAAUGUGCUUUUGUUCUAUUUUCUACAUGUCAUUUGGGUUUUCUCAGUGCAGCACAAGUUUGAAACGGAAUAAACUUGUUAGCAUAAUAAGAUUUUCUAUUUGGCUUAAGAUGAAUUUUAAUAGUAAUUGCUUUAGGAGUUUAAGAUAAGGAGUAGUUGAGAUUUUUUUUUAAUUUUGGAGGUAUUUUAUUUUUUUAAAGAUUUUUAUUUAUUUGAGAGCAGCGGGGAGAGGCAGAGGGAGAGAGAAUCCAAGCAGACUGUGUGCUGAGCAUAGAGCCCAAAGAGGGGCUUGAUACCAUGACCUGAGCCGAAACCAAGAGUUAGAUGCUUAACCGACUGAACCACCCAGGCUCCCCAGUUUUAGGGGUAUUUUAGUAUUUGCCUUAAUUAUAUUAAAAUCAGGAAACUUGGUUCCAUGUUUGGAAGUGUGAGCUGUAUGUGUAGAACUUAAAAUUGUAUCCAAAGGGUAGCCAUUGCUUUGGAUUUAUUCAAAACAUUAGUGUCUUGUUCAUUUAUUGUAUCAUUUUGAAUCAUUGCCUUAUUAAUUUGAUUUGGUCUUUUGUUUUAAAAGGGAGGAAAAUUUCAAGAGAGUUGGACUUAAUGAGCUAGGUGUUUGGUCUUUUCAUGAGUGGAAGUGAUAGGCUUUUGGGGAAUUUUUGAUGUUUUUAAAUUGUCAUUUUGUAGAACAGUUGUCUUUUUUUUUUAAGUGGAUGUAAAAUUUAUAUACAGUGAAAUGCAGAGACCUUAAGGAUAGUAUACAUUUAGUCUUAGUAAGUUUAUACACCCAUAUAACCAACACUCUAAUCAAAAUGUGUAACAUUUCUAUCACCCUAUUCCUCGUGCCACUUCCAAUCAAGGAGCUGUUUAAUUUCCAGAAGUUUUUUGUUUUAAAAUAAUUUGCAGAUGUCUACUUGGAAUUUGUACUUCGUUUUUGCUGAAGGAUGUUUAAUUUCCCCUUGGAACAAAGAAGACUAUUUUGUAAUGCCCAUAGUUGUGGUUCCUAUAUUGCUUCACUUUUAAUAGUUAAGUUGCUUUUACAGAAUUAACAGGUCUCCAAGAAAUUUUAAAAAGGUCAUUAUUGCUGUGGUUUGAGCUCAGCAUGGCUGUAGUCAUCCGUUUACUGGGGCUUCCUUUUAUUGCGGGGCCUGUGGAUAUUCGUCACUUCUUCACGGGAUUGACUAUUCCUGAUGGAGGAGUGCAUAUAAUUGGAGGGGAAAUUGGGGAGGCUUUUAUUAUUUUUGCAACAGAUGAAGAUGCAAGACGUGCCAUAAGUCGUUCAGGAGGGUUUAUCAAGGAUUCAUCUGUAGAGCUCUUUCUUAGUAGUAAGGCAGAAAUGCAGAAGACUAUAGAAAUGAGAAGAACUGAUCGCAUAGGAAGAGAGCGACCAGGAUCUGGGGCGUCAGGGGCUGGCAGCUUGUCUAACUUUGUUGAGGCUAUUAAAGAAGAAGCAAGUAAUUCUGGAUAUGGCUCUCCAAUUAAUCAAGAUGCUGGGUUUCAUACUAAUGGUACAGGACAUGGUGAUUUAAGGCCAAGAAAGACACGGCCAUUGAAGGCAGAGAAUCCUUACUUGUUUCUGCGAGGUUUGCCUUACUUAGUAAAUGAAGAUGAUGUACGUGUCUUUUUCUCUGGUUUGUGUGUGGAUGGCGUAAUUUUCUUGAAACAUCACGAUGGCCGAAAUAAUGGUGAUGCCAUAGUAAAAUUUGCUUCAUGUAUUGAUGCUUCAGGAGGUCUUAAAUGUCAUAGAAGUUUUAUGGGUUCAAGAUUCAUAGAAGUAAUGCAAGGCUCAGAACAGCAGUGGAUUGAGUUUGGUGGUAAUGCAAUUAAGGAGGUUGACAUUCCUAUGAGAACUGAAGAACAUUCUCCACCAAGAGGAAUUAAUGAUCGACAUUUUCGAAAACGAUCUCAUUCAAAAUCUCCCAGAAGAACACGUUCUCGUUCUCCUCUUGGAUUUUAUGUUCAUUUAAAAAAUCUGUCCUUAAGUAUUAAUAAGAGAGAUUUAAGAAAUUUCUUUAGAGAUACUGAUCUGACUAAUGAACAGAUUAGAUUUUUAUAUAAAGAUGAAAGAAGAACAAGAUACGCCUUUGUGAUGUUCAAAACUCUGAAAGACUAUAACACCGCUCUGGGUUUACAUAAGACAGUUUUACAAUAUCGUCCAGUUCAUAUUGAUCCUGUUUCUAGAAAACAAAUGCUGAAGUUCAUUGAAUGUUAUGAAAAGAAAAGACCAGUGUCAAUAGAGAAAGAGAGGCUUGGACAUAUUUCACAAAAAUACUCUCAAGAAAGCUACCCUGGCCAGAAACUGUGUAUAUAUAUAAGAAAUUUUCCUUUUGAUGUUACAAAAGUUGAAGUGCAAAAGUUCUUUGCGGACUUCUCUCUUGCAGAGGAUGACAUUUACUUACUUUAUGAUGACAAAGGAGUUGGUCUGGGAGAAGCAUUGGUGAAAUUCAAAACAGAAGAACAGGCCGUGAAAGCUGAACGUUUAAACCGUCGGAGAUUCUUGGGGACAGAGGUAUUGUUAAGACUCAUAUCUGAGGCACAAAUGCAGGAGUUUGGUGUAAAUUUUUCCUUGAUGCCCACUGAGAGAAUGCAAGACCAUUCACAGUCAUGUGAUAGAGAUGACCAUUCCCAUUCGUUUGACUCAAGUGAUCCACCAAUAUACUCAGUUGGCCCAUCCGAAAACUUUAGGCAUCAGCAAGAGGACUUGAGGCAACUGGACAAUUUCAAGCAAACCCAGGCGGAUUUCCGACAGCUUGAUAGGAGCCUUCCAGAAGACUUUAGGCAUUCCCCAGAGGACUUCAGGCGCUCCCCAGAAGACUUUAGGCGCCCACGGGAGGAACACUUCAGGCGGCCUCUUGAGGAGGAUUUCAGGCGCCCUUGGGAGGAGGAUUUCAGGUACCCUCGGGAGGACUUCAGGUACCCUCGGGAGGAGGACUGGAGGCGGCCACUCGAGGAGGAUUUCAGACGGCCUCCCAAGGAGGACUUCAGGCGACCCCCCGAGGAGGACUGGAGGCGACCCCCCGAGGAGGACUGGAGGAGGCCCCCGGAGGGAGACUUUAGGCGGCCACCUGAGGAGGAUUGGAGGCGGCCUCCUGAGGAUGACUUCAGGCGGCUUCCCCAAGGGGAAUGGAGACGACCACCUGAGGAGGACUUCAGGCGACCACCCGAGGAGGACUUUAGGCGACCUCCCGAGGAGGACUUCAGGCGGCCCCCUGAGGAGGAUUUCAGGCGACUUCCGGAGGAAGACUUCAGGCGACCUCCCGAGGAGGAUUUCAGGCGUUCUCCUGAAGAGGAUUUCAGGCGUUCUCCUGAGGAGGAUUUCAGGCGACCGCCCCCAGAACACUUCAGGCGCCCGCCCCCGGAGCACCUCAGGCGGCCGCCCCCGGAGCAUUUCAGGCGGCCGCCGCAGGAGCACUUCAGGCGGCCGCCCCAGGAGCACUUUCGCCGGCCGCCCCAGGAGCACUUCCGCCGGCCGCCUCAGGAGCAUUUCCGGCGGCCACCCCAGGAACAUUUCAGGCGCCCCCGAGAGGAAGAUUUCAGGCACCCACCGGAUGAAGAUUUCAGAGGCCCUCCUGAUGAAGACUUUAGGCAUCCUCCUGACGAGGACUUCAGGAGCCCCCAGGAGGAAGAUUUUAGAUGCCCUUCUGAUGAGGACUUCAGGCGGCUCCCGGAGGAAGACCUCAGGGAACCUCCAGAGGAGGACCCUAGACUUCCUGACAGUUUUAGACCUCCUGCUGAGGAGUUUAGGAACCCACCUGAUGACUUUAGAAGUCAUCGCCCUUUUGUGAAUUUUGGUCGCCCAGAAGGUGGCAAAUUUGAUUUUGGAAAGCGCAGUAUGGGAAGUUUUCCUGAGGGGAGAUUUAUGCCUGACCCAAAAUUAAAUUGUAGUUCAGGUAGAGUAACACCUAUUAAGAUAAUGAAUCUUCCAUUUAAAGCUAAUGUUAAUGAAAUUCUAGACUUUUUCCAUGGCUAUAGAAUUAUACCUGAUUCAGUUUCAAUACAGUAUAAUGAACAAGGAUUACCUACAGGGGAAGCCAUUGUUGCUAUGAUAAACUAUAAUGAAGCUAUGGCUGCUAUUAAAGAUCUAAAUGAUAGGCCAGUUGGCCCUCGCAAAGUUAAGUUACUGUUGCUCUAGAGAGCAUUUCUAAAUUCAUUUACGUCCCCACAGUAUUGAUGCAGUAAAAUGCAUUUGUUUUUAAGUUUAUUUUUAAUGAUCUAAUGAAAAACAUUUUAAUUUGACUUGUGAAUAGAACAAAUGUAAAUAUUAGAAUGUGCAUCUGGUUUUCUUUUGCUUGCAAAUGCAUUCAGUUUUUCUAAUUUAAAAUUAUAUAUGUCCCCCCUUUUUUUCUGGAGACAGUGGGGGAGAAAAUUCCGAGUGCAUUUUUGUUGAUGUCAUGGGUAAACCUCAAGACUUGUAUAGUAGAGCUGUAUUUGGGGAAGAUAAAUUUUAUAUUCACUUUUGUUUCCAGUCUGUAGUCUACAUCUUAUACUGUAUAAGGAAAUGGUCAGUGACUUAUUGUUCAGGUUUAGCAUUUUUAUUGCUAACUGCCUGCAGAAUUAAUGCCCUCUUCUUUGUCUGAGAUAUUACUGUGUUAAGUCUCCCGUUAAUUAUAAAUAGUUCAAAAUAGACAGACUGUGAAUUUGAAGUUUACUUAAAUGUAAAAAGCUUAGGAGAUUCUUGAAGUUUCCAUGUUCGUAACUGCAAAGUUUUAUAAAAAUAAAAAAAAUGCAACUGAA